AUUACCCUCCUAGCUGCCGUCCAUCACAAGAAAAUAUGUUCGAGAUUUAAUCCCAUCCAGCUCCGUUGGUAUCUUCCAUCCCAGAGAAUGACCUUCCAUCUAACACUUCCCUUUUCUAUUUGAUUCUCUGCAGGUCUGCCCUCUCUCUUGCAUUCCAUUCCAUCAUCCCCACUUCGGCAUUCAAACAAAAAAAUCCUUGAUUUAUUGAGUUUGAGAUCAAGACCCACCCAGAUCAGCUGUGGUGGUAGAACCUUCGGGUAUCGAGAAUGAAGGCAACUAAAAGUGGGGCUCUCCUUUUUCUUGCUCUGUUAUUGCUGAAUCAGCUUGUUGUAAACGGGGAUGAGUCCAAUACCAAGACUCUGGUGAAGUAUGUGAAGGGGAAGAAGCUUUGUGACAAAGGGUGGGAAUGCAGGGGAUGGUCCAAAUUCUGUUGUAAUCUGACUAUCACUGAUUACUUCCAGACCUACCAGUUUGAGAAUCUCUUUUCCAAGCGUAAUUCGCCUGUGGCACACGCGGUAGGUUUCUGGGACUAUCAUUCUUUCAUCACUGCUGCUGCACUUUUUGAGCCAUUGGGCUUCGGCACCACCGGCAACAAGACCACGCAGAUGAAGGAAAUGGCUGCUUUCCUGGGUCACGUCGGCAGUAAAACUUCUUGUGGUUAUGGAGUGGCCACUGGAGGACCUUUGGCCUGGGGUCUUUGUUACAAUCAUGAAAUGAGUCCUAGUCAGUCAUACUGUGAUGACUAUUUCAAGUACACCUACCCUUGUGCCCCCGGUGCCCAAUAUUAUGGACGUGGUGCCCUACCUCUCUUCUGGAACUACAACUAUGGUGCUGCUGGAGAAGCUUUGAAGGUAGAUUUACUAAGUCAUCCAGAAUACAUAGAGCAGAAUGCAACCCUAGCCUUCCAGGCUGCAAUUUGGAGGUGGAUGACCCCAAUCAAGAAGAUGCAACCUUCAGCCCAUGAUGCCUUCGUUGGCAACUGGAAGCCUACCAAGAAUGACACAUUGGAGCAUCGAAUUCCUGGUUUUGGCACUACAAUGAACAUUUUAUAUGGUGAUGGUGUAUGUGGGAAAGGCGAUGACGACUCCAUGAACAACAUCAUUUCCCAUUACUUAUAUUAUCUUGACCUGCUGGGUGUGGGCCGUGAGGAGGCAGGGCCUCAUGAAUUGCUUAGUUGUGCGGAGCAGGUUCCUUUCAACCCAUCAGCUCCUACCGCUGCCGCAUCUUCUUGAAGUCAUGGCUGUUUGGAGUAAGUAGCGUGUGGUGGUGUGCUAAUCCCAUGAAAGUGGGGGGUGAAUAAAGAAUUCUUAAAUUGCAAGUAUUCAAUGACGUUCAGCUGUAUUCAGUGUGUGGAUUCUUUUGUAGCUUCUCUUGGUUGCUGUGUAGAAGCAUAAAACUUUAUCAUUAAAUUAUACGUGAAAAUUCUGGAUCUGGUAUAUACGUGAUGUACGUCUUGUUUGAGGGGAUAAUCUACGUGAUGUACUGUUUGUUAUACAUGUUCUAUGGUUGCAGACUUUGGAAAUUCGAGGUUGUUUAUGUCAAAAGAGCCGUUCUUUCA